AUGCCUGAAGGACGUCAAUCACCACCACCCGAAACCCAAUCCGGUGCUCAAAAAGAUGCUCCAUCCGACGCCAAGGGAAUCAACCAAGGAGGCAACAACCAACAAGAUAGCAAAUCUGAUCUUGAUAACCUCUCCUCCAACCCAAAGGGUCCUCUCGAUGACCACUCUGAGGAGACUCGCUCGAAGACUCAGAAUUAG